AUGAACAACCUGCUCAGGGAAGAAAGAAUGAAGCCGGAGAACAUUAUCCUUGUUGAUGUCAUGUCUGGUUCAAAGGAAGCAAAGAUCGACCAGAUGGAUAACUUUCUGGAACCUCUGGUAGACGAGCUGGUAGAGUUGUAUGGCGGUAUAACUGUAAAGUCUGCCGCAUUCCCCAAUGGUACUAUUGUCCACGCUGCCCUUAUGUAUGUAGCUUGCGACAUACCUGCUGCAAGAAAAACCGCUGGAUUUACAGGGCAUGCAAGCACUAAUGCCUGUCAUAAAUGCGAGCGUCACUUCUCUGUGAUUGCCAGAUCAAGUAAGAUCGAUUACUCUGGGUUUGACGAUGAAAGCUGGGUGCCAAGAACAAAGGAGAUGAACGCCAUAUACACUGAUAUGUGGGCUUGUGCAGAAUCAAAUGCAGAAAGAACAGAUUUGGAGAAGCAAAAUGGCACGCAGUUUUCCGAGUUGCAUCAUUUGCAUUACUUUGAUCCCAUUUGGUGCACGAUUGUUGAUCCCAUGCACAAUUUGUUUCUUGGGACAGCAAAGCAUAUGAUCAGUGUUUGGAAAGACCUUGGCUAUCUCCCUGCUGCUGUUCUCGUCCGCAUGCAACGCCUUGCUGAUGGUAUUAUUGUUCCUCCUGGGUAUACUGUUUUGUCUGCAAAAAUCGAAUUGGGCUUCCCAUACAUGAAGGCAGACGAGUGGCAAUCGUGGCAUCUUAUAUAUUCACUGGUAAUACUCAAAGACGCUUUGCCUGAAAAAGACUUCAAAUACUGGACUCUUUUUGUCAAGGCAUGCCAAAAGUUGACAAGUCCACACUGGAAAAAUUAA